AUGAACAAACAAAAUUUCAAUGAGAAAAAUCCUAAUUUUAAGUUGAUGGAUACCAAAUUUUCUUUCGGUAGUGCAGUAUUGUUAUUAGCAACGGUAGCUUGUGUUAUUUACAUUAUUUACUUUAUCCAACAGACCGACAUCUCUUCUCAACAGAUUGGACGUCUGCCGAAAUCAAUUCAUUAUGAAAAUAAAUCACAGGAAGAAGUAUUGAUAACGCCACUUCAAUCAAAACAAACUUCAGAGCAAAAUAUUAGUAUGGAACAAUCAAAUGUGACUAUUAAGCGUGACUUUUUUAAUUACAUGGCUGCAUCGCUGCGUAAUACUAUGUAUCCUGGUGUGGAAAAUUAUACCCAAUACAUAGUGGCCCGUGAUGGAUUGUUGCCAUUAACCAACAUCGUGAAACCCCUCAAACCUGAAUUUGGGACAGUGUUGAACGACAUCCUUUCUUUUCGAUAUCCAAUUAGUAUUCAUCCAUGCCAAGAUGUGAACCAAAGUGUUUUCAUAGCUACGCUUUCAGCAACUGGCAAUUUUCUCAAGCGGAAUAUGAUUCGACAAACAUGGAGAAAACAUUUAAAAGCUGCUAACGAAGAUGGUCUGCUGAGGAUGGCUCGUUCUGUUUUUUUAGUGGGAACGUCAAACGAUACUUUGACACAAAGCCAGAUCGAAGAAGAGAGUAAAACUUAUGGUGACAUCAUUCAAGUAGAAAUACCGGAUUUUUACGAAAAUCUAUCGUUGAAAAUGGCUGCUUUAAUUAACUGGUUGUACAAAAACUGUGCCAAUGUGGACUUUGUUCUUAAAGUAGACGAUGAUGUUUACGUAAACGUACGGAAUCUAGCUCAAUUCAUUCAAUCCUAUCGUCAAUUCAAUCACAGUAUUUUUGGGGUUGCUAGUGUUCCUUUCACUCCUGAUCGAGAUGGCAAAUGGAAAGUCACUUACCAAGAAUGGCCAUGGAACACCUAUCCCGGCUAUUUGGGUGGACCAGCUUAUUUGCUGCACGGAAGUGCAAUUCUUCCUUUGUUGGCUGCUUGUCAAACCACCCCUAUGUUAUCAUUGGAGGAUCUCUACUGGACCGGCAUCUGUGCAGAAAAAGCUGAUGUCAAUAUCUAUUUCUCUUCCAAUUUAACUACAGUAUUUGGGGAACGUUUACCUGCUGUACUAGACCCAUGCGAUCAACGUCGCCAUAUUGGAUGGCUGACGACAUCCGUCGAUCACAUGAACAUCUCCCAUGUGACCACUGACGAUUACUAUUACAGCCGUACCCAAUGUGUUAGAAAUUAUUCUAAUGGACGUGGGACGGUAACAACCGAAUCUGCCAAGUUCUAUUUUGAUACUCUGCCGAAGAUCCAUUAAACCACCUUUAUACCUACAUAUAUAUCAUGAAAAUAAGUACUUGAGCGUGUAAUUAGACCCAAAUUCAAUGAUUAAAACAAUUUUAUUUAAA